UUACUAAAACUGCAAGACAAAGUUACUCAAAGUAUCAAACAAGUUAUUACCAAAAAUAUAGUAUCAACCAAGCAAACGACAAAGCUUUUGCAGAAAUAGCUCUCUGCGAAUUAAGAAGGUAGUAAUAACGGUUUGUCAGGAUUAGACAAGGUAUUAGUGCUUGUGGGGUUUGGAUUUACCCGAAAUGAUACAGCUUUCUCUGCUCUAGAGUCCACGGGAUGUUUGAUAACUUUGAUUGGCUUGUGGGUUUGGACGGUCCCGCGCUUUUCGUAGGCUUCACUUGAAUUUCCCCAACAUCGCAUAUAUAAAUAAUGAAGAGGUUCUCGACUUGCUGCUUCACAGGUCGAGCGAUCUUCAAGACUCAUCGAACACCGGGGCAUCUGCAGGAAUCCAGUGAUAUUAUGGAGAAUCCACAGACGAGCAAUGCCAACAACUAUGAUUCUGAGAAAGUGAAUGGGAACAUGAUCAAUACACAGAGUGGUAUUGCAGACAACAUUAUUCUGAACCAUGACUUCUCAGGAGGGCUGCAUUCUUGGCACCCCAAUUGCUGCAAUGGGUAUGUUGUUUCAGGACCAUCAGGUUACCUUGAAGGCGUGUCAUCUAUCUCAGGGGGAAGUUAUGCCGUCAUUACGAAUCGAAAGGAAUGCUGGCAAGGCUUAGAGCAAGAUAUUACGCCCAGAGUUUUGCCAGGAUCUACUUAUAAUGUCUCUGCUUGUGUUAGAGUGUUGGGGCCUCUUCAGGGAUCAACUGGAGUCCAAGUCACAUUGAAACUAGAGUAUCCAGACUCAACAACUAGCUAUUUGUUUAUUGGAAGAGCCCCAGUGUCAAAGGAGCAGUGGGAGAAGGUGGAGGGCACAUUCACAUUGACAACCAUGCCCAGCCGGGUUGUAUUUUAUUUGGAAGGGCCUUCCCCUGGAGUAGACCUACUUAUAGAUUCUGUUGUGGUCUCUACUUCCAGUCUCAAAGAGCAUAAGAGUGCAUACCCAAGGUGCUUAACUGAUGGAGAUGAGAACAUUAUACUGAACCCUCGUUUUGAGGAUGGACUUAAUAAUUGGUCUGGAAGAGGCUGCAAAAUUCUAUUACAUGACUCCAUGGGAGAUGGAAAGAUAAUGCCACUGUCAGGUAAGUUCUUUGCUUCUGCAACAGAACGCACACAGAGCUGGAAUGGAAUUCAGCAAGAGAUCACAGGAAGAGUGCAGAGGAAACUUGCUUAUGAGGUCACUACGAUGGUCCGGAUAUUUGGGAACAAUGUCAGUAGUGCUGAUGUACGAGUAACUUUGUGGGUCCAAUCACAGAAUCUCCGUGAACAAUAUAUAAGCAUUGCCAAUCUGCAGGCAUCAGAUAAAGAUUGGGUACAAUUGCAGGGAAAGUUCCUUCUGAAUGGGAACCCAUCAAGAGUUGUCAUUUACCUGGAAGGGCCACCUCCAGGUACUGAUAUUCUUGUCAAUAGUUUAGUAGUAAAACAUGCAACGAAAGCCCCUCCUUCACCUCCUCCAGUAAUUGAGAAUCCUGCUUUUGGAGUUAAUAUAGUUGAGAACAGCAAUCUUACUGAUGGCCUCAAUGGGUGGUUUUCUCUUGGCAAUUGUACUCUUAGUGUGGGCACUGGUUCUCCUCAUCUACUUCCUCCAAUGGCAAGAGAUUCCCUUGGGCCCCAUGAACCUUUAAGUGGCCGCUACAUCCUUGUGAGCAAUCGCACACAGACCUGGAUGGGCCCUGCUCAGAUGAUCACAGAUAAACUAAAACUUUACUUGACAUACCAAGUAUCUGCUUGGGUUCACAUUGGUCCAGGAGCAACUGGUCCUCAAAAUGUAAAUAUUGCGCUUAGUGUAGAUAACCAGUGGGUCAAUGGGGGCCAAGUUGAAGUUAAUGAUGAUAGGUGGCAUGAAAUGGCAGGUUCUUUUAGAAUUGAGAAGCAACCAUCCAAAGUUAUGGUCUAUAUCCAAGGACCAUCUUCAGGUGUCAACUUAAUGGUUGCAGGGCUUCAAAUUUUCCCUGUUGAUCGAAAAGCAAGAUUUAAACAUUUAAAGAAGCAGACUGACAAGAUACGUAAGCGAGAUGUCAUCCUAAAAUUUGCAGGAUCUGAUGUUGGUAAUUUGUUUGGCACAUUUGUGAAAGUUAGACAAACACAAAACAGUUUCCCAUUUGGUUCAUGUAUCAACAGAACGAAUAUAGACAAUGAAGAUUUUGUUGAUUUCUUUGUUAAGAAUUUCAACUGGGCUGUCUUUGGAAAUGAGUUGAAAUGGCCCUGGACAGAACCACAACAAGGCAACUUUAACUAUAAAGACGCUGACGAGAUGUUGGACUUGUGUAAGAGCCACAACAUAGAGAUUAGGGGUCAUUGUAUCUUCUGGGAGGUGGAAUAUACCAUCCAGUCAUGGGUCCGCUCAUUGAACAAAAAUGACCUGAUGACAGCAGUUCAGAGUCGUCUUAAUGGUCUUCUUACACGGUAUAAGGGCAAGUUUAGGCACUAUGAUGUAAACAACGAAAUGCUGCAUGGUUCUUUCUACCAAGAUAGACUGGGAAAAGAUACCAGAUCAUACAUGUUCAAGACAGCCCAUCAACUGGACACAGAUGCCAUAUUAUUUGUGAACGAUUACCAUGUUGAGGAUGGAGAUGACACUAGAUCGUCUCCAGAGAAGUACAUUGAACAUAUCCUUGACCUGCAAGAACAAGGUGCACCUGUUGGAGGUAUAGGAAUACAAGGACAUAUAGAUAGCCCAGUUGGGCCUAUAGUCAGCAAUGCUUUGGAUAAACUGGGAAUACUUGGUCUACCAAUCUGGUUUACAGAGCUAGAUGUCUCCUCAAUAAACGAGCAUGUUAGAGCUGAUGACUUGGAGGUCAUGCUCCGGGAAGGCUUUGCUCAUCCUUCAGUGGAAGGCAUAAUGCUAUGGGGAUUCUGGGAGCUCUUUAUGAGCAGAGAUAACGCACACUUGGUUGAUGCAGAAGGUAGUAUUAAUGAAGCUGGAAAGAGAUAUCUUUCUCUUAAGAAUGAGUGGUUGACUCAUGCUCACGGUCACAUUGAUGAUGAAGGAGAGUUCAAAUUUAGAGGCUUCCAUGGGGCAUACGAAAUUGAAGUGGUAACGCUUACCAAGAAAAUAUCAAAGACGUUUGUGGUGGACAAGGGUGAGUCACCUCUGGUGGUCACCAUAAACUUAUAGUUCCUUGGGCUCGAAUUAGUGGUGAAUUUUUAUUAUAUUCUCUGUUAAUGGUUUUCUGCAUGGAACUUAAUAAAGGUGAUUUUAUUUGUUUUUUCUA